AUGCUGUGCACAAGGUGCAUUCGCACAGCCAUCGCAGGGCAGAGGCUUCCCCUGCUGCGGCAAUUCUCUGCAUCAGCGCAAUUCCUCUCUGCCGAGCCGAAGCUGUCGACACCCACAACGGACGGAGGCUCCCCCGUACCCUCGAAAGAAUCAUCGACACCCAGAUCAAUUUGCCCCGAAGGCACCGUCCUGACUGGAUUGAACUACAACAAGGCCGGCCAAGACCCCGUCGCCAAGAAGGACGAGGAAUACCCCGAAUGGCUCUGGUCAUGUCUUGACGUUAUGCGGAAAGGCGCGGACGCGGCCGACGACAAUGCUGGAGAUGAAUUCUCCAAAUCCAAGAAGCAACGAAAGCUGGCAACCAAGCGCCAGAAGGCUCUGGAGGCCAAGCUUCUUGCUGAAGGAAACCUCGCUGCUUUGGCCCCCAAGGUUCCCAUCCAACACCAGUCGAUUAAUCUGCCGGGCGAAGUGGGUGGCAGUGUUGCCGAUAAUAUUGCGGCUGCAGAUAAGAGAGAGGAGCUCAGGAAGGCUAUGCGGAAGGAGAGAAAGGCCAAGAUCAAGGAGACAAACUACUUGAAGUCCAUGUAA